AUGGUAUAUAAAAACGAUUACCACACCGUUCCACCGAUUUUAAUGCGAGGCGUGCUCAAUUAUGAAAGGCGCCCUUUAGAGGCACCUUUAUUCGCUUUUCAGACACUAUUUUCAGCCGACAACGGAGAUAAACUCUUCGAUAUUUUGGAAGAAAUGAACCUUAAUAUGACAAUGAUGGACGAGAAAAGUGACCUCCUCCCACAGUUCAAAUCGAUGCGUCAAUAA